AUGGAGACCUCCAUCGCCUCCUCCUCCUCUCCCCUCCGCUUCUCCCAGAACCCGACCAACCCGAGGCCAACCCUCAACCCCACCCCUCGAAUCGCCCCGUCCGGCGCCGGCCGCCGGCACGCCACCCGCCUCCGCGCCAUCUCACCCUCCCCGUCCCCGUCUUCAUCUCCGCCAAUGGAGGCCUUCGGCUUCGACGCCCUCAAGGACACCUUCUCCGUGGACGUGGCGGCGGCCGAGGCGCGCCCGCUCGACGUGCCCCUCGCCGCGCCCUUCACCAUCGCCUCCUCGCGCCUCGACGCCGUCGCCAACGUCGCCGUGCGCGUCGAGCUCUCCAGCGGCGCCGUGGGGUGGGGCGAGGCGCCCGUCCUGCCCUCCGUCACCGCCGAGGACCAGCCCGCCGCGCUCGCCGCCGUCGCCCGGGCCUGCGCGCUGCUCGCCUCCGCACCGGCCGCGCCACUCGGCGCCGUGCUGAGGGACGUCGCCGACGCCCUGCCCGGACACGCCUUCGCAUCGGCCAGAGCAGGAGUGGAGAUGGCAGUCAUCGACGCAGUUGCCAACAGCAUCCGCAUACCUCUCUGGAGAUUAUUCGGUGGAGCAUCAAACAGCGUCACCACGGACAUCACGAUUCCAAUUGUGACCCCAAAUGAAGCCGCUCAACUGGCUGCCAAAUAUCAGAGACAAGGCUUUCAAACUCUCAAGCUCAAAGUAGGGAAGAACCUGAACUCGGACAUGGAAGUUCUCAAGGCUAUACGGCUCGUCCAUCCUGACUGCUCGUUUAUCCUCGAUGCAAAUGAAGGGUACACCGCAAAUCAGGCGAUCGAAGUUCUCCGCAGACUAAACGAGAUGGGAGUGACUCCUGUACUGUUUGAGCAACCAGUUCAUAGAGACGACUGGGAAGGUCUCCGUGAUGUUAGUGUUGCUGCUAUGGACAAAUUUGGAGUUGCUGUUGCUGCUGAUGAGAGCUGUCGGAGUUUGCUUGAUGCUCAGAAAAUAAUACAUGGCAAUCUUGCUCAUGUUAUCAACAUCAAACUGGCAAAGAUGGGAGUUCUUGGAGCCCUUCAAGUAAUUGAUGCUGCAAGAAAAGCUGGUAUUGCGCUUAUGAUUGGCGGUAUGGUCGAGACUAGGAUUGCCAUGGGCUUUGCUGGGCAUCUAGCUGCUGGGCUUGGUUGUUUCAGUUAUAUUGACCUGGACACACCUCUUUUAUUGUCUGAAGAUCCAGUCUACGGUGGCUAUGAAGCUUCUGGACCUCUCUACAAAUUUACCAAUGCUCGUGGCCAUGGUGGCUUUCUUCACUUGGACAACAAUAAUGGAUGGAAAUGAAGAUGGUCAAGGCAUGCCUUGGUUCUUCCAGAACUUCGUAAAGCGAUGUUAUCACACUGGACGACUAAUGUCUGGAGCUUCAAAAGUUCCAUUUAUGUACUGUGAGGCCUAGCGUAUUUGAUCAGGCUGUAGAUAGACACAUUCAGAAGGCCACUUCUAUGUUAAAAAAAAGGCCACAUCGGCUGGCCCUGUUGUAUGGAUAUCCAAAUGGUGCAGUAAACUGUAUCCCAAGAAAUAAACAUUGUUGCCUCAU